AUGAUACGAGGCUAUGAAAAAUUAAGUAAAGAUCAUCCUAAUACUUCUUCAAACUAUGUUUAUGCAAAUGCAAAUGCGGAAAUUUUGUUAAAACAUGGUUAUAAAUUGGGUGGAAUUAUUGGCGAGGGUUCUUACUGCAAAAAAGAGAAAAGAAAGGGAAUGGAUGCUUCAUUUUCUUUUUUUCUUAGUGGUGAGAAUGUUGAUCCUACUACCGGAAAAAGGGUGUUGAGUGAGACCUACUGCGGCAGCGCCGCCUAUGCUGCUCCCGAAGUUCUCCAAGGCAUAUCCUACAACCCCAAGAUGUACGACGUCUGGAGCCUAGGCUGUAUACUCUUCAUUAUGAUAACUGGAACCAUGCCGUUCGAUGACUCCAGCGUCAAGAAAAUGAUUCAGGUGCAGCUGCAGAGACGACUAAGGAUACCCUCUGGGGUUGCCUGUACUGUAACUAAAGGGUGCGAGGAACUGAUUCGUCACAUACUGGAGCCUGACGUCACUAGACGAGCGACUGUGGAUCAGGUGUUACGCCACCCUUGGUUACAAGGUGUUAUUUGAUGAGAUAUAAAUUUCUUAAAGUCGCGUUUUAUUUCCAAGCCACAGCUUUAUCGCGUAAUUUCUGUCACAUUUUCAUCAUGCUCCUUUCGACCUCCAGGUGGCAGCACGUGUUCACUCAAAAUUUCCGGCAAAAUAUGCGACU